AUGCCUCUGCUCAGUUGUGAUUAUUACUGGGGGCCCAACACCUACAUGGAGGCAGAUGUUAACCUUGCUACAUUUAUCCCCAUUUCCAUCUCACUUGAUCUACCUUAUAAAGUCCAGAAUGUUUUUGACAGAGAACCAAGUGAACUAUGGAAUGCUGAUCUAAUGAAAUGGAAAAAUUAUCAAAUUUUGCUGAGUGUAUACUUUACCAUUGAGGAGAUCAAUCAGGACUCACAAUUGCUUCCUAAUGUGACCAUGGGUUUCCAUGUCUACAAUGCUUUUAAUUCUAACAAAAGAACAUUGGAGGGCCCUCUGAUGUUCAUAUCUGGGAGGAGUGAUUAUAUCCCUAAUUAAAAAUGCAAAAUACAACACAAAGCUCUAGGAAUCAUUUCAGGAACCAGGCCGGAAUUUUCUGCUGCUAUUGGAACACUUUUGGAGCUCUACAAAGUACUACAAGUCACAUAUGGACCUUUUAAUGCUGAGCUAAGUGACAAAGUUACAUUCCCAUCCCUUUAUCAGACGUCUCCUAAAGAGAGAGGCCUAACCCAUGGGGUUAUCUCUUUAUUGCUAUACUUUGGCUGGAAUUGGAUGGGGCUUGUGGUUGAUGAUCUGAAUGGAAAAGAGUUCCUCUCUCACCUGAAAGCAGAGAUGGCAACAGAAGAUAUCUGUGUCGCUUUUACAAAAAAAAUCCCUGCUUAUUGGAAGCUAGGGUUAAAAUAUGUUGCUAAUUUGGUGGACCUGAACGAACAUACACAAGUGAACGUACAGGUAUUGUAUGGUGAUAUAGAUGCCUUGCUAAUAUUCUGCCUUGAUAAUAGAAUAUUUUUAGCCAGAGGGAAGGUGUGGCUCAUGGCAAAGCAACACUUAAUACAUUUAGAUUCUGCAGCAGAUGAGUAUUAUUUGUUAUACUUUUUCAGAGGAAGUGUAUCAUUUUCAAAGAAGAGAACUAUCCCUGGUUUCAAGAACUUUCUUGAGGAUCUUACACCCUCCCAAUACCCAGGAGAUAUUUAUUUCUCUAAAUUCUGGGUUGACAAGUUUUCUUGUUCACUUCCUGCCUUGCCAUGUAAAAAUCUUAAACCCUGCCCAGCAAAUAUAUCCCUAAAGAUUAAUCAUGAAAAAAUUGAUCUGAUGACCAUUUCUGAACCCAGCUAUUCCAUAUGGAAUGCAGUGUAUUCCGUGGCCCAUGCCCUCCAUAAAGCGCUAUUGAGCAAAACUGAAAUGGGAUCUAUGGAAGACAUAAACACAGAUUGGCUUCUACCAUGGCAGCUGCAUCCAUUUCUGAGUAAAAUUAAAGUGACGAAUGGUGCUGGAGAUGAAAUAAGCUUCAAUGAGAACAAGAAAAUUAUGGAAAUGUAUGACAUACAAAAUUUAGUGGAACAUACUGAGCAUAUUUCAUUACUAGUUAAAGUGGGAGAGUUUGUCUUCAAGAGUCCACAAGAUCAAGGCUUUUUCAUCAAUGAAGUUCUGAUUAAAUGGCCUAGAAACGUCAAUCAGACUCCCCAAUCUGUAUGUUCACAGAGCUCUGGUCCAGGAUUCUGGAAAGUUCUGCAAGAAGAAAGACCUGUCUGCUGGUUUUUUUGUGUAUUUUGUCCAGAGCAGCACAUUUCCAACCAGACAGAUCAGCAGAAGUGCAUCCCCUGCCUAAGUCAAGAGUACCCAAACCCUGAGAGAAACCAGUGCCUGCCCAAGAUAGUGACCUUCUUAUCCUUUGAAGAUCCUCUGGGCAUGGCUUUGGCCUGCACGGCUCUUUCCUUCUCUGUCAGCACAAUUGCAGUUCUGGGGAUCUUUCUAAAACACCGAGAAUCAGCCAUUGUUAAGGCCAAUAACAAGACUCUCUUCUACAUCCUGCUCAUUUCCAUCCUCCUCUGCUUCCUCUACUCCUUUUUUUUCAUUGGCUGCCCAAACACAACCUCGUGCAUACUGCAACAAAUAACAUUUGCACUUGUGUUCACCUUGGCUAUUUCCACUGUUUUGGCAAAAACUAUAACUGUAAUUCUGGCCUUUAGAGUCAUGAAACCAGGGAGAACAAUGAGAAGGUUGUUUGUCUCAGGCAUCUAUAAUGCUGUCAUCCUUAUCUGUGUGUUGAUCCAACUUACACUCUCUGGAGUCUAGCUGGGAACCUCACCUCCUUAUAUUGACACGGAUGCACACUCUAAACAUGCUCAAGUCAUUAUUUUAUGCAACAAGGGCUCAGUUACUUUUUUCUACUCUGUGCUGGCAUACUUAGGGACCCUGGCCUUAGGGAGCUUCACUGUGGCUUUCCUGGUGAGGAACCUGCCUGACACAUUCAAUGAGGCCAAGUUCCUAACAUUUAGCAUGCUGGUGUUCUGCAGUGUCUGGGUUACCUUCAUCCCAAUCUUCCAAAGCACCAAGGGCAAGGCCAUUGUGGCUGUGGAGGUCUUCUCCAUCUUGGCCUCCAGUGCAGGGCUGCUGGGGUGCAUCUUUUUCCCAAAGUGCUACAUUAUUCUCCUAAGACCUGAUAAAAACUCUUUGAGAUGUUUGAAAAACAAAAAAAAUCAAAUAAAAACUGAUCAUUUUAAUGUGUUAGUUUUCUAA